AUGACUCUGCAGCUGCUUUUACUCUCCUUAGCCUUUCUAUGUGCUCCCGACCUCACAGGAGCGGUACGCCAUGCCAGCUGCGCCCCCACGUGCGACCCCAGCUCCUGUCCGCGCCACAGCAGCUGCCCGGGUGGGUACGUCCCGGACCCGUGCGACUGCUGCACGGUGUGCGCACCGGGCGAGGGCGACCCCUGCAGCCGUGCUGCCCCCGCGGCCUGUGGGGACGGCCUGGUGUGCAAGCCCAGGGGCCCCGAGGGGGUCUGUCGAUGCAAGGGACGACAUGCGGUGUGCGGGAGCGACGGGAGGACGUAUGAGAACGUGUGCAAGGUGAGAGCGGUCAACCGGGAGAGGAAAGGAGCAGCUGCUAUUCGAGCGGUGCACCAAGGACCAUGCACCCCUUCAAACACAGAUCUCAGCAGCCCUCGCUAUCAGUUCAACUUCAUCGCCGAUGUCGUGGAGAAAAUAGCACCCGCUGUUGUCCAUAUAGAGUUGUUCAUAAGACAUCCCAUUUUUGGCCACCAAGUGUGUCUCUCCAGCGGCUCCGGUUUCAUAGUGACCCCCUCAGGUGUGAUCGUAACCAACGCUCACGUGAUAACAUACACAGCUUUGGCGACAGGGCGACCUCAGCUGCUGGUUCAGCUCCAUGAUGGCGACAUAUAUGAGGCUGAGGUUCAGGAAGUGGACAGGAAGGCAGACAUAGCUACCAUCAAGGUCAACCCUCAGAAGAAGCUCCCCGUGCUGUCACUCGGCCGCUCGGCUGAUCUGAGGCCGGGGGAAUUUGUGGUGGCCAUUGGCAGCCCCUUCGCCCUGCAGAACACCGUCACCACCGGCAUCGUCAGCACGGCACAAAGGGAUGGAAAGGAGCUGGGCAUCCAUGACUCUGACAUAGACUACAUCCAGACUGACGCAAUCAUUAAUUAUGGGAAUUCUGGAGGGCCCCUUGUUAACUUGGACGGGGAGGUGAUCGGCAUCAACACUUUAAAAGUGACAGCAGGCAUCUCCUUUGCUAUUCCCUCGGACAGAAUCAGACACUUUCUCACAGAUUCACAGACCAAAUACACCAGUGUGCUUGGGUCAGAGCAUCCUAAGAACAGAGAUAAGACUAAACUUCCGAAUGGAUUGACAGAGAUGGCACCGUCAGAAUCAGGGUUUGUAGGAGGGAGCAGACGUUUAUUGGGUAUCGGAAUUCUAAAAAUGAAGAUACCCGUAACGGACAACAAGCUAUUUCUACACUAAAAUGGUAAACCUUGUAAACUUGGAUCUUUCAGGGCCACACUAAGUGAAGAGUUGUAAAGUUUCC